AUGACUUUCACCUGUGCUAUCAGUGGAGAGCAAGCUAAUGAACCUGUUGUUACGCCUUCUGGCCACAUUUUCGAAAAGAGACUCAUCAUCAAAUACCUCAACGAAAAUGGAACUGAUCCCAUAACAUCAGAGAAACUUUCCGAGGAAGAGCUCAUUGACUUGAAAAUUGAUUCCACCUCUGCUGCCGUCAGAAAUACCUCUCAAACAUCCAUUCCUUCAUUACUGAAGCAACUUCAGGAUGAAUGGGAUGCAGUUAUGUUGAACAGUUAUUCACUCCGCUCACAAUUACAAGUUGCUCGUCAAGAGUUGUCUCACUCUCUUUACCAGCAUGACGCCGCUUGUCGUGUGAUAGCUCGUUUAUCUAAAGAAUUAACUGCUGCUCGUGAAGCUCUUUCAACUCUGAAGCCUCAUGGUUCAGGCCAUGACGUGUCUCAUGGAGACGUUGAUAUGGAACAAAGUGUCGAAGAAAAUCAAAUCGGACUAUCUUCUGCUGUUAUUAAGAAGUUGGACGACAAAGCUUCCGGACUCACAGCUAUCAGAAAACAACGCGGAAAGAGUGCUCCAGAAAACCUUGCUAAGCCUGAUGAUAUCACAAACUUCAAACAAAUUAACAGUCAUAAUGCUAUUCACAGCACAGGAAACCCAGGAAUCACUGCUAUGGAUAUCAAGGGAUCUACCGCUAUUACUGGAGGAGUCGACAAGAAAGUUAUCAUGUUCAACAUCAAUAAGGAAACAGUUGAAAACGAGUUCAUUGGUCAUACUAAGAAAAUUACUUCUGUUAUUCUCCAUCCCAAUGGAAAUAACGCCGUAUCUGCUAGUUCCGAUGCCACAGUCCGAGUCUGGACCUCUGGGGACCAGAAUAAUACCGCUGUUGUUGAUGUUCAUCAAGCUGCAGUUACAGAUAUUUCUCUCCAUGCUACUGGAGACUACAUUCUUUCUGCUUCUGAUGACUCGCACUGGGCUUUCUCCGAUUUACAUACCGGAAAGACUUUGUGCAAGGUUGCCAAUGAUGAAACUUCUAAUGUUGGAAUUUGCUGUGCUGAAUUCCACCCUGAUGGUCUGAUCUUCGGUACUGGUACUGCUGACGCUGUUGUUAAGAUUUGGGAUAUGAAGGAGCAGAAAAAUGUUGCCAAUUUCCCUGGCCACUCUGCCCCUGUACGUGCAAUUGCUUUCUCUGAAAACGGAUAUUACUUGGCUACUGGUGCCGAUGAUGGAGAGGUGAGACUAUGGGAUCUCAGAAAAUUGAAAAUGUUGAAAAAUCUCAUUCUCCAUGACGGAAAAGCUUCGGUUAACAAUAUACACUUUGAUAAUAGUGGAACAUUCCUAGGUGUUGCUUCAUCUGAUGUCCAGGUUCUCCAUGUUAAGCCAUGGCAGGUUGUCGGAACAUUCUCAGAGAGUACUUCUAAUGUAACCUCGGUACGAUUCGGUGAAAACGCAAACACUAUCUACUCGUCUUCUUUGGAUAAGUCUCUUCGUAUCUAUUCUCUUUAA